AUGCCUGCUCGUCCCCCUCUGCGUGCUUUGCUCAUCGAUCUUUCUGGGACGCUGCAUGUCGGAAACGAAGCAACCCCGGGUGCCGUGCACGCCCUCGGUCGUCUACGGGCAGCCAACAUUCCCUUCCGAUUCUGCUCAAAUACGAGCAAAGAGAGUACCGAGAGCAUGCGCAAGCGAUUAGAGGCUAUGGGUUUCAGUGGGGAGGGAGGUAUCCGAUCCGAAGAGCUGUGGACUAGCAUUGGGGUCAUCGGCGGGGUAUUGAGACAGAGAGGCAUCCGCAGGCCGCUCAUUCUUGCCUCUGAAUCCGCGAAAGAGGAUAUCAUACACCACCUGCCUGAUGAUCAUCCCGACGAGUCACAACCUCACGACGCCGUCGUGAUGGCCUUUGCCCCAUCCCAAUUGUCAUACGAGUACCUCGAUGCCGCAUUCAGGGUGCUUGUCGGAGAACAUACAUCUCAGCAUGACACACAGUUCUCCGCCAAGCUCGGCGAUGGACGCGAACGUGCACCUCUUCUAGUUACUCACCGUUCUCGUAUCUUGCAAGGAUCCGAUGGCGCGCUAUCUAUGGCUCUUGGACCUUUCGUGACUGCGCUAGAGCAUGCAUCUGGUAGUUCCGCUGAGAUAGUCGGCAAGCCAGCACGGUCAUUCUUCCAAACGGUCAUCAACAGCUUCAACGAGACAGAUAACGUAUUAGACAUCGAUGACUAUGAACGGAAUAGAAGUAUAGCGAUCAUCGGAGACGACGUGGAAAGCGAUCUUGGUGGUGGCGCGGCCGAGCUUGGUCUAUGGAGGGUAUUAGUGCAAACAGGGAAGUAUCGCCCGGGAGUUGAGAAGAAGGAAGGCAUCAGGUCGCCCGACGAGAUCUCCGAGAGUUUUGCUUCGUUUGUAGAGGACUUGCUGCAGACGUCACAUCGAUGA